GUCGAUGCGUCGCGUGCGCACCACCAACACACGCGGCCCGACGGUGACGCGCGUUGUACGCCGCCCUCUAAUAUUGUAAAACUAAUUACAAUAACGUAUUCUGCAAGUCUAAAACUCUUUAUUCUUUGUGCCAGUAUUAACUCUGCUACAAUAAUGAACACUAAGGUAUUCCUGAUUCUAGCGGUUUCACUAUGCGCAUGUGCUGCGGAAGUUAAGGAGAAAGAAAAGGAAGCCGAACCGGAGCAGAGUAAGGAGAAACGGCAGGCGCAAGAUGGCUUCGUACCUUCACACUUCGUUUACAGACCUACGAGAAAACAGGAACAAGUUGCUCCAGUAGAAGAACCUCAAGAAGACGACAAAGAUUCCGUCAGCCGUGUCGAUAACGAAGAAUACCGGCCCGGACAGGUGUUCUCUCUCAACCCUCAAGAGCUAUUGGAACUUCAGCCGGAAAGGAAAGCUCCGCUGCCGAGUACAUCCCAACUCCAGCAACUCUACAGCAACCCACAGCCCGAUUCUCGUCAAAACGUGCAACAGAUCUACUUCCUUGAACCCCAUGGAGCACGACAGCAGGUAUCUCUACAGCCAUCGCAUGCAGUGAUCGCGCGUCCUCAUUACUCGUCAAAUGGUGGCGAGGCCUCCGUAGGCGCUGCCUUAUCAGUGAGCGACACAGGAGUUGGCGCAUCUGACUCAUUCGAUCAAGAGCUACUGGCGUUGCUCGGUCAAGCCCCUGUUCGUCAGCAAGUAGCACCUCAGCUCUACCAGCAGCAAGUUCAGGCCUCAACACAAAGCGUUGCACCUCAAUAUCAACAAAUAUCAGUACAGAGUGUCGCGCCUCAGUAUCAACAGGUCGACAGAUAUAUUACUAAACCAAACAAGAAACCCUCCAAACAUCGCCCUAAAGUUCACUCUGUCGUGUCACCUCCCCAGUCAUUGGCAGCACCGCAGCAAUACUUAAUUGAAACGACGAAUGUCCAGCAGCAAGUGCCACAGCAGCCGCAGCAAGUGCCGCAGUACCGCCCCGCGCCGCAGUCGCAACCGCGUCCAACUCAAGCUCUCCGUUACGUGCAAAUGCCUACUGCGCAAGCUUUUCUUCAACAAGCUCUUUAUGAGCGUCCAGAAGCUCAAGGUCUUAAAGUAGUGGCGGCACCAAAUCUCCAUCAAGCUCGACCGGCUCUCGCCUACAGAAUCAUACCUCAGUACCAACAACAAGAAGCAGCUCCAAAGCAAUACCGAAUCGUAGAGGCCCCAAGACCACAAGCUGCUCAACAACAAAGAAUACCGGCGUCCAGCAUUGAACGUCCCGUCACUUUCUUAAAACGUUUCCCUGAGCCUGAGAAAAUGCGAGCCGUUAAAAUAUACGACCCUGUACCACAGGAAGCACUGGUUCCUCAACAGCCAACGCAAUUAAUUGGAGAGCAGUAUUACUUACGACCUCUAUACAGAUCGAACGAACAGCGUGGCAGAUACGAACUUACACCCCUAGGAAUCCGAACAGCCGAGCAACCUCGUGCCGUAGAAUCUGCGAAAUCGCCUCAUUCGUCUAUUUACGUAAACCAAAAAGUAGCACCCAAGAAGGUCAUUAGACCGCAGCCCGCUCGAUUAGAGCAAGCUGUGAAAAUUGAUAAAUCUAGAGAACAGUCAGGAAAAGCAGAUCAGCCAAGCAGUGUUGAACAAAUCAACAUUGAGCAACAUGGCCAAAGCCUUGACGAGCAGAGAUCACAGUUGCCUCCACCCAAAAAUAACAGGGCAUACACGCCUGAAGAGUUCGCUGCUUUAGUGGCGGCUGGAUAUGCGGUGACUCCAAUUCCAGUAGCUCCUCUUGGAGCCGUAGCCCAGUCGAGAACGUCUGUAGAGCCGGCGCCCGCGCCGCCACAGCGUCGACCACUCUACAGCAGACGCAAUCCCUACUUGCCACUCAGAGGAGACGACGCGCCUUGAAUAACUGGACCAUGUACAUAUUUUAGUAAUAAAUUUGUAAAAUAAAGAUAGUGAUAAAACAAAACUGUG